AUGGUAAUCAGCCUCAGCUAUUUCCUCUACGACUUCAUCUGCUGCAUGUUCGACGUCACAUUCGACUGGGCCAACGCUUUCCACCACAUCUUUUCCAUAGCCGGAUUCGCCUUUGGCCUCAUUUCUGGUCGGUGUGGGGAGGAGUUGAUGGCGUGCCUGUGGCUGGUGGAGCUGUCCAACCCCUUCAUGCACGCCAGGGAGAUGCUUUGCGAGCUCGAUGCGCCCAAGUCUGCUCUCACCUUUGCUGUUGAUCUGGCGUUUCUCCUUUCCUUCACAAUGGCCCGCAUGGUCGUUGGCCCGGUGGUAACAUGGAAUACUGUUAUUGGGACGAGCCCCACUGCCGUUAAGGUGGGUGCAGUGGCGAUCCAAGCAGUCAGCACUUUCUGCCGUGCCGAUGGGAGGUGCUGCCGUCAGGAGGUGGAGAGGCGCCGCGAUUCCGCAUCAUAUUCUGAUCUGCAUCUAUAA